AAAGAACAGUUUCCGACCUUGAAUUAUCUCUUUUUUUGAUUGUUUGACAAUCAUAUGACAGCUUGAUGAUCACUUCUGAGAAAUUCAUUUUGCAUUUGUGUUCUUAAUGGAAAAAUGAAGCUUAUUUAAGUAACCAUUUGAUCUUCAAACGCAGACCUUUCAUGAGAUGACACAAAAUAAAUAAGAGAGUUGAAAAAGGAGUUCCCUGUUCAAAUCCCCUUCCUCUUCUUGAACCAGUGGUAUGAGAAGAAACUGAGAAGUCCAGAUGGAGGCAGAGGUGGCAGAGGUUUUGUUGUCCAAAAACAAAUCAGUUUUGUCUGGAAAUUCACACGGUGAAGGGAAUUGUGAGUUGAAGAGUUACAGUUCAGGUCUGAAAUGGGUGUUUCUUGAUUACUCGAGUUUGUGGAGAACUGGGCUUUCUUGGUCGAUCUUUUUCCUGCUAAAUAUAGGGGUACCGCUCGUGUCCCACUUUGUGUUUUCUUGCUCUGAUUGCGAUCCCAGCCAUCAGAGGCCGUAUGAUGCAAUUGUCCAGUUGUCUCUAUCGCUGUUUGCUGCACUUUCUUUCAUUAGUCUCUCUUCUUUCGCGCGUAAAUAUGGGCUUCGUAGGUUCCUGUUUCUUGAUAAAUUGUAUGAUGAGAGUGAGAAGGUUCGACAAGGGUAUACUCAACAGCUUCAUAGAUCAGUCAAGCUGCUGUCAGCGUUUGUUCUCCCCUGUUUCUUUGCCGAUAGUGUGUACAAGAUAUGGUGGUUCAGCUCAGGAGGAACCCAAAUUCCUUAUUUGUAUAACAUGUAUUUGAGCAAAGUGAUAGUCUGCAUACUCUUGAUGUGCUCGUGGCUAUAUCGCAUCUCAAUCUGUUUUCUUGUGUGUCUCCUCUUCCGCCUCACAUGUUAUCUGCAAAUACUAAGAUUAGAAGAAUUUGCUCAGGUGUUUGAGAGAGAAUCUGAUGUUGCUUCAAUUUUGAUAGAACAUCUCAGGAUCAGAAGAAAUCUCCGUGUCAUAAGCCACCGGUUUAGAGUCUUCAUCUUGUCGACGUUGAUCCUAGUAACAAUUAGCCAAUUCGUUUCUUUGCUGGUUACAACUGAACCAAGAUCUAAAAUCAACAUUUCCACUUCUGGAGAACUCGCGUUAUGCUCCAUCACCCUGGUAACAGGGCUCUUGAUCUGCUUGCGAAGUGCAGCAAAGAUAACGCACAAAGCACAGUCUGUUACAUCACUUGCAGCUAAAUGGCAUGCCUGUGCCACAAUCGAUUCAUUUGAUGAAUUAGAUGAUGAGACUCCUACAGCCCAGAUUGCUUCGGCCCGGGCAGGAUAUCCUGUCACUUCCAAUUGGGAUAGCGACACUGAAGAAGGAGAUGGAGAUGAUGCACUGGACAAUACAAACUUGGUGCCAAUUUAUGCAAAUACUAUAACCUAUCAGAAGAGGCAAGCACUAGUGACGUAUUUUGAGCACAACAGAGCUGGAAUCACAGUAUACGGAUUUAUGCUGGACAGGACGUGGCUUCAUACAAUAUUUGCGAUUCAGCUUUCACUUACACUCUGGAUAUUGAACAAGACGAUUGGCAUUUCGUGAUUUGUUUUAUCAUCCUCUGGUGUUUAAAACAUCUUUUUCAUGAGUGCGGCUAUGUUUUGGAGUUGAUUGAGUGAUUACCUGCGACAGCCUUAAAUCUGAUCUGAAACACUUGCAUAUACUUAGGAAAUAUAUCAUGUCAAAUUAGUUUGUUGUCCGUAUGUACUCUGUCUGCGACCUUGUUGAACACAGUGAGUGUCUCAUCAGUUGUAUGAUAGAGAAUUGCAUCACUUCUUUUUGGUGAUUCCAUA